AUGGAGGCCAGUCAUGAAGUGAAGGAGGGAGAAGAUGUUGUUGUGGAAGGUCCAACCACUGGAUCUGAUCCGGUUCUUAACAUGGAAGCCUUGAAUGAACACAACCCGGUUGGCUAUAGUGUGUUGGAUUCCUCCUCUCCCUUGGAGGAAAAUAAGGUAAAGUUACCUUCUCAGAAAAGGUCUUUCUCUUGCGUCUAUUGUAACCUAUCAUUCUCGGAUUUCCGUGCUUUGCGGGGGCACCAAACUUUCCAUAAGCGUGAGCGCGACCUCGUAAAAAAACGCCAGGAAUUUGAGUUGCGUAGGUAUUACCAGUCCCCUCCUCCGGCAUACCGUCACUACCCUUACACCCAUCACCAUUCACCUAUGUUUUCUUCCGCAUUAAACAGAUCUUCUUCAUUAAGGUUAAGAUACACUAAUAGGCCAUUUCCUUUAGGGUUUCAAAUGGGUUCUUAUACCAAUGGGCCUCCAUUUAAUGGGUCAAACAAUCAUAAUGGAUCAAAUUUUGGGUCCUUUUCUAGUCCAAGAUCCCCAAUCAUGGCUCACAACUAUGUGCCCCCACAACCACUCUACUCAAGUAGGUUUAGGAGUUUUGGAGAGUAUCAUGCAAACAGUAAUGGUGGUGGUGGUAGUGGCAGUGGCAGUGGUGGAGGCAAUAACAUCAAUAUUGCACCACCAUUUAGGUUCCCGGGAAGUAUUAGUAACCAUGGAGGAGGUGUGUUGAGGUAUCUUUCAGAGCCACUGACUCCCCAUGGGAAUAGCACUAUGGAUGCAGGCUUUCUGAAUCUUGGUAAUGGACCUGUGGAAGGUGAUGGUGGAGGUGAACUUGAUUUGGAUCUGAAACUUUGA